AUGGCCACCUACCUCAUCACCCAAGCUACCGGAACCCAGAGUGGCGAGACCAUCAAGCAUCUUCUGAAGGCAGGCGCGAAAAUCCACGCGCUUGUACGAGAUCCCUCGAAGAAGUUGCCCAGUGUCCUCGAUCAUCCAAGUGUCAAGGUCUUCAAGGGCAAUAGCGACAACUUUGACGACGUGUUCCACGCCACCCGAGGCUGUGAGGGCGUCUUCCUGAACACCUUCCCCAUCCCCGGUCUGGAGGAGGCACAGGCAAGGACCAUCGUCGAGGCUUCGCGGAAGGCCGGAGUGGAGAGGAUCGUUGCUUCUACAACUUUCUUCGCCGGGGACAGGGCGAUGUGGGACGACGAUGCUACCAAGGCUAUACCCCUGCUGGAAGGCUAUUUCGAACGCAAGGCCCUAACGGAAGAGGUUGUUCGCAAUGGCGGCUUCAAGAGCUACACUAUCCUGCGGCCGGCAUUCAUCCAUGUCGACUACUUUGUCCCCAAGUUUGAACACAACUAUCCCGAAUUGGCACAGGGCGUGUUAGCUCAUGCUUUCAACGACGGCAUCGGCAUGCUACACACGGACGCCGACGACAUCGGCAAGUAUGCAGCAGCGGCCUUCCAGGAUCCAGCCAAGUUUGGAGGUCAGGAGAUCGAGCUGGGCAAUGAAAACUUGACCGUCCCGGAAGUUCAGAAGAUCCUCUCCCAGGCGAGCGGAAAGACGGUCCAGACAAAGAAGCGUACCCCCGAUGAAGCCGAGGCGGCGGCGGCGACGGUCUUCGCCCAGAAGUUUCAUUAUUGGGCGAAUGCCAAGGCUGAUGGAUUCAAAGCUCUCGCGGCAGCUGCGAAGGAUGUACAGGCCAAGUUCGGCAUCCCUUUCACACCGAUGGAGAAGGCUAUGCAGAGGGACAAGGACCAGCUGAUCAACACUUUGCCGUAG